AUGAACGACGCCGAUGCUCAGGGUAUGGAUGAGAUGCAGGAUCACCGCUUCCCCGCACUUCGGAUGGAAAGUGGCUGCCUGAGGAUGAGGAGCCGAGUCCAGGUAUACCAGUGGAAGGAGACCGAGACCACAAGUAAGCCUGCUGGUGGUGGCGAGAUUUCGACGACCUGGUAUAACUACAGACAAAUCUGGUCUGAUACCCAGAUAGACUCGACCUCGUUCCGCGAGAAGUCGCAUAGCAACUCCAUUUCCGUCGCCGGACUUACUUGUGGCACGGACAGCCGAACCAACACCACGGUCGGCCAGGAUGGCUAUUACUUGCCGAAGGAUAUGGUCGAGCAGCUGGACAACUGGAAAAAUGCCAAUAGCCAGGUACAGACUUUGGAGUACAACGGCAACCGAUUCGGCAAUCCAUCGGAAGGGUGGUCGUAUUAUCCCGAAAGUGCGGCCCAGUCUCCGACCGUUGGUAGUGUGCGUGUGUGUUUGGAAUACGUGACAGAUGGACCAGUUUCGAUUGUGGCACUGCAAACGCAAGACGACAGGCAUCCACGUGCAGCCUCUUUCUUGCCAUACCGACUGGUCUCCCGAGGGCUCUGCUGUGGCCCCCGCGACGAAGCGCUGCAGGAUGCCCUUCUUACCCAGGGCCGCAAGAGCUCCUCAGAGCUCAAGAAGGAGGAUCUGGAAAGAGAAUUGCACGUGAACAACGUCCCAGACCCGCUUCAAAUCAUCUUUGAUCAGCAGCGGAUGGAAGCAGCGGUUCUUGCCCUGCAGGAAGAAUGGACUCUUGGCUGUAACCUCAUUGCGAAAAGGUUCGCUGCUCUUGCGCCCCCGCAGAUCUUCGCCGCUUACCCUGGGCACAGCACUGUGGCGGAGGUCUUCGACAAGCUCGCCACGUCUGUCCGGGUUUGGAAGCUGCGGCUUCUGUCCUGGCUCCUUCUCUACGCCGGCACCUACGCCCUCUUCAAGCCUUUGCUGGUGGUCCUGGACAUUCUUCCCUUCCUGGGCCCGUACAUCAGCUCUGGGGCAGGCUGGGUGAUCGGUGUAGUCGUCUUCCUAGCGACGGCCGUCCUGGCCACCUUGGUCAUCUCCGUGGCCUUCCUCCGCUAUCAACCGCUUGUCGGCUUGACCUGCAUGGCAGGAGCCGUGACUGCAAGAACUCGCCACUCAAGCCACGACGGAAUCAGCAUCGCUAGGUAG